AUGUAUGAUCGAGCUCCGAGGUUCACACAAUUGGCACUAAGCAGCACUACGUCUGAAAUUGGACCAGGAACUUAUAAUAUCAACAGAUCUCUAGGCGGUGACAGAGGUUCAUAUGCUCCAUUCCUCUCUCUGUCUGUCAGAGAUUCUGGGUUUCUGGGGCCAGCCAGUGCUCUUCACUCUCCUGGACCAGGACAGUACGACUCUGACAUUACCAGGAAUCAUGUUUUGGGAGGGAACAGUCUUCAGAAUCGCUCCAAGAGGUUUGAUGACGGGCUGUCGGAUGUGCCUGGUCCAGGAGCGUACAAUGUUACGAAUGAUGUUUCACCUGCAAGGAAAAUAACAGCCAAAAGCCCAAAGAUCACUUCUAAGGCUGUUAGGCCAUCGUUAAGUCCUGCUGCUCCCUCUAUUCCGUCUCCAGGACAGGCGUUCGGGUAUGAAGAAGAUGCUCAAGGUGUCCUGCAUAAACACAAAGUGCCCAACAGAGACCAGAGCCUCGGCCCAGCCUUUUACAGCCCCGCACCGGUCAGACAGAGUACCAGCAGUAAGUAUAAAGGUGUGCAGUUUGGCAAGAUGUCUAGCAGGAGAGAGCAGCUGAAGGGUGGAGAUGAACCCGGACCAGGACACUAUGAGCUACAAGAGGAUCAGACUGUCCAAUGUGAGAAUGUGAAUCUGAAGCGAGAGCAGAGGAGCCGUUCAGAGCUCAGCAUCCCUCGGUACCAUGAACUAGUGCCUCUGCAGGAGGAGAAGAAGGGUGUUCCAGGUCCAGGGCAGUACUACAUAAAGAGUCAGUUUGAGACAUCCAGUAACACACACAGACCUGCACAGAGCCCACCUUUCCUGUCUCAAGCUCAGCGGUUCAGUCCGGUCAAGGAUGAAACGCCCCCUGUAGGUGCGUACGAUGACCCGCGCUGUGCUCUGGAGAUCCUAAAGAAAGGCAGAGCACUAAAGAAGAAUCCUUUUGGCCAGACAGCUGUGCGAUUCCUUCCAGAAAACAGAUCGAAAGCUACACCGGGUCCGGGUGCCUAUAACAUGUUUGAGUAUGGCCUGGCUCAGGAGAGUUUGAAGAAAGCCAGUCUACAGAGCUCCAGGAAGGCCGCCUUCGGCUCGAUUGCACAGCGGCGGAUUUUCCUCCCCAGCAAAGAGGAAAUGAGCACCCCGGGGCCGAAUCAGUACAAGGUGGAGAAGACAAAUGAAGCGUUAUAUAAGAAACAGAGCACAGCUGCUUUUAAAUCUGCCUCCGACAGACUUGUGGUUUCACUGUUCGCCAAAGAUACGCCUCCGCCUGGCUCAUAUAAUGUAAGCCAAUCGUUUGAGAAGACUCAAUGCCUCCAUCAAUACAGCAAGCCACGCAACGAGAAAGCACGAAAGAGACAGAGCAGCUUUCUGUCCGCCGCGUCCAGAAACACUGAUGUGCUGCACAACGACCCACACACACCAGGUCCAGCUUAUUACAGUCCAGAUGUUAAAUCCAGUCCCACACUGGCACUGAUCGUCUCAAAAGAAGAUCGCUUCAAAAACCCCAAAGACAAAGCGGCUGGACCCACAGCAUAUGAGUUGAGUCCAGUAAUCAUGGACACUGUUCUGAAAGGCACCUUCAACGUGACCCUUCACAAUCCUCUGGUGUCCAGCACGAGAUCUCUGUCUUCACACAAGUCCUGGAGAAAACUCGCAGCCCACAGCAGUGCUUGACUCAGGUCAAAGGUUAAAGGUCACACACACUUCUAAAAAGUCCUCAGCUAAGCCUCUCCUAUUAAACACAUGCUUCCCAGGAGUUCCUGUCACACACACACACCUCUUUAUGGGUGAUAUAUUUCCCCAGUGCUCACGACGA